AUGAAAGGAAGGAUUUCAAAAGAAAUAUUUACUAAUAUUUCAAGUAUUGCUAAUGUGCUCCCUUACCUUGACUACCCAGACAUGUGCCAUCACUUCAUGAUGGAAUUCAGGAAGGAAUCCAGACAAAUGUGGAAGAAACACAUUUACAAAUGGAGUAGUUUACUCUCAGCUUACAAAAGAAAGGCAUUUUACUUAUUCCUAGAUUCUCUUCUGCCUGUAACAACAAUAUCCCCUGAGAUAUUCCUAAAAUAUCAGUUUAGAGAGAUUUAUUCGGUUAGAGAUAUUGAGACCUUAACCAAGAAGAUUAAGCAGUCACUACCAAUAGAGAUCAGCGAAAUCAUACUUAGCUAUGGAUUAUUUCAUGAGGUUAUGGUCACAGAGGAAGAUAUCGAAGAAACUCCUCAACAAAGUGGAUCACAAGUUUACUCUUUCAUAGACAAAUUGAACCAACUUGUUGAUGUGAUCAAUAUGCAUCAGAAAAAAUUGGGUCUCCAGAAAUUGGUAUUACAGGAUCGCAAUUUUACGUCUGGAAGGAAUUAUACCAUAUUUAAACUGCCUGAGAUUUUCCAAAUCCCUCGUGGAUCAUGGAAAUACAAGAAUAUGCAUAUAUACGAUUCUUCAAUGAAUCUUGAUUUAGAUGAAUCAAUAGAUAAUGUACCUAUUGAUAAGCUAAAUUCUGUGAUUGACAGCUGCCAUCAGAUAAACUCUGAAAAGGGAAUUAAUACCUUCUUCAAUCCACCAAAAAACCAGCGAGUUGCUCACUUUGCAUCAAAAGAGGAGAUAACCAUUGAGUGAUGGAAUAGUCCUCGAAAGCCUAAAUUAUUCAACAAUGACAUUCUACAAUGAUUAAAGAAGAAAUGAGUCAGACUAAAGAGAUUUGAGUUUAUGUUUAACGAGACUACAUUGAUUCAUAAGUGGAGGCACUCAAUUGAUCAAAUCCAGAAAAUAUUUCCAAAGAUUUAUCUUGGGUAUGAAGGCCUUGAGCCUGGAGAAGAUAUUUUAUGGCAACUAAGAUGCAGAGCAUGAACCUUUACAAAAAUCCAAGAUAACAAAAAGAUCAUUUACUACCUUGACAAUUGAAACAUAAAUCUCAAUAGUAGUAAAGAAUUUUAUUCUCAAGGUUGAAUCAGAAUUAAGGAUAAGUUUAACUUCUUUGGAAAAAUACAUGCUACUGAGAUCGAAAAUAACUCCUCAGAGUCAACCGAUGCAGAACAAGAAGUAGAUAGCAAAGAGUCUAAAUCAAGUGACUUUCAUGAUGAAAAAGCUAUAAUUACAGUAAGAGUUGAGGAUAUUUUGAACCUUGGAAUAUUAUUUCAAGAUUUUGAGAAAGAUACGAAAAAGCAGUCAUUUAUGAACCAUUUAUUAGAAAAUGAACAUAUGAAUAAAAGAGCUCUCAGAAUGUAUGGAGAGCUUUACUUCAACACCUCCUUCCAAACAUCCCAGCCUCCAGAAUAUAAAUGAGAAAGUAUUUACUUAAAAGCUGCUGAAAAAAUGAACCUAAACUCUCUUAUCAUCACCAAAACUGAUUCUCCCUCAGACGCAAUAAGGGUGAUUGAAGGUAUUGUCCAGAAAAGUACUAAUUUGCAACAGGUUUGUGUUUCUUUCUGAAUAACACCCACAGAAAUAAGGAAGUCAAUCAUUCCCAAAAUGAUCACUCUAAUGAAAUCUUGUCCUUACAUCUGAAACAUCAUCUCAUGCUUUCCUCUCAACAGACCGGAGGAAAAAGACUUCAAAAAACUAUACAUCUCCCCUUUCCAGACCCUUGACAUCAUAAUCACUGAUCUAUUCUAGUCCUAAUUUCCC